AUGAAAAAGACGGUGAGAUACUGCGAGGAUGUGGAGAUGGCGGAUUUGAAUGAGAGAGGGCCUGUUUCGGUGCCCUGUCGAGCUGAAGGUGAGGAUGGCGAUGAGCUUGAGCCAGUCGCAGGAUCAACUUGUGGCAUCAUGGCCAAUAAGAUCAACCGCCAGAAUGAGGGGCCAAGGCGAUGGCUGAUCUCCUUCUUAGCUAAAGAGGUCUUGGUCUUGGUCUUGGGCAUCAGCUUCUGUGUGAGCGUGAAUGGCGCCUCCAUGCUGUACCUCCAGUCCUAUGAGGCGUGGCGGAAGCACUUGGACGAUCGUUGGGGCUACCUGCUGCAAGAGGAGCAGUUGGAUGAGAGUCGGCAGGCAGCCGUUUGGGUGGGCGAGUUUGGCACAGCGACCGAUAGUGAAUGGUGGAAGUUUAUGACGCGCUACCUGUCAGAGAGGCCAGUGGCGGGUUGGGCUUACUGGCCUUUGAACGGCGACUUGCUGGUCAAGGCCAGAGUACUUUAG